GGGAGGGUGGUCUUGCAGUAGACGGAAAGGAACAGGACUUUAUUGAGGAGGAGCUGCAAUGGUAGGGGGAGAAAAAAAACCCAUCGCCUUGCGUUGCGGAUGGUUGCGAAGAGAAGGGGGGGAGCAAAAUAGCGCGCUGAAGCAAAUAGCCACUUUGUGCUGCUGAGAGGCUGCGGGCUGCUUUGUUUAACUUGUUGAUGCGACGUUAUUGUGCUGUUUUAUUUUGCUGUGUGUGUGGGUGUGUGUGCGCGUGUAUGUAUGUGUGUGCCUGCAGUACAGAUAGAUGGGAAGCGAUAUGGAAAGUAGUCUCCUGCGAGGAUUUGAUUAAACUCCCCGUAGAGGCAGUUUAAGGAGCAGCCUUCCCUAAGGUCAGCAUGGCAGCAGGUGUGGCGGCGUGGCUCCCGUUCGCCCGCGCGGCGGCCAUCGGGUGGAUGCCCGUGGCGAGCACGCCAAUGCCCGUCCCGCCGCAGGACAAACGCAAAGCACAGGACGGUCUCAUCAUCCUCAACGUGAGCGGCACCAAGUUCCAGACGUGGCGGACCACGCUGGAGCGCUACCCGGACACUCUGCUGGGCAGCACCGAGAAGGACUUCUUCUUCCACGAGGAGAGCAACGAGUACUUUUUCGAUCGUGACCCGGACAUCUUUCGGCACAUCCUCAAUUUCUACCGCACCGGGAAACUACACUACCCGCGCCAAGAGUGCAUCUCGGCCUACGACGAGGAGUUGGCCUUUUUCGGGAUCAUCCCAGAGAUUAUCGGGGACUGCUGCUACGAGGAGUACAAGGACAGGAGGCGCGAGAACGCCGAGCGCCUACAGGACGACGAGGAGAUGGACAUGACCAACGACGUCACGCCUGUCAACCUGACAGCUCGGGAGUACCUGUGGCGAGCGUUCGAGAACCCGCACACCAGUACCCUGGCGCUGGUCUUCUACUACGUCACCGGCUUCUUCAUUGCCAUCUCCGUCAUGGCCAACGUGGUGGAGACGGUGCCGUGCGGGACGCUGCCCAACAGGUCCAAGGAGGUCUCCUGCGGGGACCGCUACGCUCUGGCUUUCUUCUGCUUGGACACGGCGUGCGUCAUGAUCUUCACGGUCGAGUACCUCCUGCGUCUCAUCGCGGCACCAAGCAGGUACAAGUUCAUGAAAAGCGUCAUGAGCGUCAUCGACGUGGUGGCCAUCAUGCCUUACUACAUCGGCCUGGUCAUGACCGACAACGACCAGGUGAGCGGCGCCUUCGUCACGCUGCGCGUCUUCCGGGUCUUCAGGAUUUUCAAGUUCUCCCGGCACUCGGCGGGCCUGCGCAUCCUGGGCUACACGCUCAAGAGCUGCGCCUCCGAGCUGGGCUUCCUGCUCUUCUCACUCACCAUGGCCAUCAUCAUCUUUGCCACGGUCAUGUUCUAUGCGGAGAAGGGCUCCACUGCCAGCAAAUUCACCAGCAUUCCUGCAGCCUUUUGGUACACCAUCGUCACCAUGACAACGCUGGGGUAUGGCGACAUGGUCCCAAAAACCAUUGUGGGGAAGGUGUUCGGCUCCAUAUGUUCCUUGAGUGGAGUGCUGGUCAUCGCCUUGCCUGUGCCCGUCAUCGUGUCAAACUUCAGCCGCAUUUACCACCAAAGCCAGAGGGCGGAGAAGCGACGAGCCCAGAGGGCCUCCAAGGAGGCAGGACAAGCCCUGGUGGGGAAGUCCGCCAGCCCGCCGUUCGAGAGCCAGCAUCAUCAUCUGCUGCACUGCCUCGAGAAGACCACGAAUCACGAGUUUGUGGACGAGCAGACGUUCCAGGCUAACUGUAUGGAGAUCUCUGUGAUAAAAAAGUCCAGCUCCCGUGCUUCCUCGCUGUCCUCCUCGCCGCACGGCUUCAGCUCGUGCUGCUCUCGGCGCCACAGGAAGAAGAACAGCUUCAGCAUGCCGAGCACAAACAACCAGGAGCUGAGCACCAUACAGAUCCCAGAGAGGCCCAUGGCCAACAGUCGCUCCAGCCUGAACGCCAAACUGGAUGAGACGGUGCCAUUGAAAUGCGACAAAGCUUACAUCAGCCCCUCGAUGGUCAGCCUGUCCGCCCCGGUGGUGACCUCAUCAGACGGCGACGGCUCAUCCAGCACCGCCUCGGCGUACUCUCAGAGCAACAUUGUGCGAGUAUCUGCCUUGUAGACGCCUAGACACCCCCGAGGAGAGGUGGGGGGGCCACGCUGAGCAUGAACCUGCCAUAACCUGGAGGGAUUAUGACAUGAUUGAGAGUGUUCUUUUCUUCCUCCCAAGCAGUGAUCUCAUCUGAUGUCAAACUCUGCAUGGUUUUUUAAGAGGGGACAGUGGAGGCCUCCUCGGGGCGGGGGGGAGGAGAAGAUGGCGACCAGCACAUCUUGUUCCAUUAAGCACAGCACAGCGAGCAAGUGUCGGGAGGGAAUCAUUGUUGCCUAAACAUACUGAGAAACACUUUAUUUUUCAAUAUAGCUGUUGCAGUCAAAGGAGUGUUUCCUGUUUUUUUUCCUGGAUGGCCUGUUAUGACAAAGCACACACGUUCAUUCCUACCGACGCCAUUGUUGUUGUGAAUAUUCCGUCCGCUCUGCUUCAGCAUUAGAACACCCCGUUUGUUGAUAUGUUUUACAACCCCUCCUCCCCUGUCGCACUCUUGUAAAUUCACAAAACGUGCAUAUGGAAUGGACAGAACUGAACAUUCAUGACGUGGGCCACGAACUGCACUUGUUGACGAAUACGUGACGCAUCGUGACUUAUUUUUGUGAAAUGUGCAAGUAAGUGAAAGUCCUAAAAUGAAAAAAAAAAAAGCUUACAUGUUUGACAUGUAUGGUUCAACAUAAGAGAAGAUACGGUGGAACCUCCAAAGUCAAACACACUCUGUUAGGUUGUUUCAUCACAUAGAAAGUGAAUUAGUCCGUUCCAGGGUUAAGCUGUCACCAUCUUUAAACCUGUUUUACAGCGAAGUGAAAAAAUGAGAACUGGAGGAAAACAUGCUACACCUACGAUGUUGUUAGUUGUUAGUUUUCUGACAAAUACACCGCAUGGUGGCUCUGUUAUAAAAUUUCAAGGGACUGUCUUGAAAUUCCUCGCACUGCCCUACAAAACACCCACUGUAACUUUAGAGUGUUAAGCGACUCACCACAAAAUUAGGUACACCAUUUUAGGGCACUAAAAUUUGAGCAAGAGUUGCUCUUGAGCACUUAGCAACUAAUGGUCCAAAAGUCACUGACCAUUCGUCUAACAAUGAUAAAACUUUAAGGGUAUCUGUAUCACAUGUGUGCUAGCAUGCAUUCCAAAGAUUUUUGACCGCAAUCCGUAGGAAGCAAAUCACUGUAUAAUACAACAAAAAAACAUUAAAAAAAAAAACUCACCCUUUAAAAGGCAGCCGUCGGAGAACGAUGCUGUCAUUCACUGGCGUUUUAUAUGUACUGCUGGAAUUCAAUCAAAAAGUAUCCUGUCAAACAAAAAAAACAAGCAAAAGCAUACUUGUAGAUUCUGAAAUGUGGCAUAUGUACCACUCGAGGUAUGCAGGUUCCUUUUAGUGGUGCCUCGCUCCAUCGCGGUUCACCUUUUGCGGGCUCGCUGUUUCACAGAUUUUUUUGUACAGCGCAUGAAUUCUAUUACAUUUCGAGUCUGGCCCUUAAAGAAGAAUUGUAUUGUGGGAAGUUGAGUGUUGUACUUCUGUGCUUUAGCACCAGGAGGCGGUGUCUCUCUAUUCUCUCUCUUCUGUCUGCACCGCCCAUUAUGGUCUGCAUCCUGAUUGGCUGAUUGGCUGCAGACCAUUGUCAAUCAAUCUCCUCUGUGCCGUCUCCUGUAGGAUACAAAAACGCGACAGCCGAACGGCGCCAGGACAAUGAGGCAGAGGAGUGAAAUACGCGUGAGUCAAAAAAACAUUUGUGUCCAACCUACUCGGUUGAUCAUUAAAAUUCAAACAAAAUUUGAACUUUGUGAGUGUUUAAACAAAAGAGAAAUGUGAGAAAAUGUUUUUAAAAAAGUGUAUAGUGGGGGGUUUUACAGCCUUAAAACAUAUAUAAUCAUUGUAAAAAUAUAUAGUUGGCUACUUUGCGGAUUUCACUUAUUGCAGGCUAUUUUGGAAACCUAUCCCCCGCGAUAAACGAGGGAACACUGUACAUGACACAAAGAUCAGCAUGGUCACAACCUUUGUGUUUUUCUAUGAUUUAUUCCCUGAAUUCAAGAGUGUUUCUCAUCCUGAUUAUCAAAACACUAGCACGUUCUUCAACUCCAUUUUGGGUUAUUUUGCAGCCGUGAUCAAAAGAAAAGCAUAGACUUGAGGUGAGUUCCACGAUGUUACUUAACUGUUCCGUAAAGAUCAGGAGGGAUCAUUCCCUGCUCUCCUCUUAAUAAAAAAAAAGGCAAAAAUCAUCCCAAUUCCUGAUAUCUUUCAUUUUUGGCUUUCUGGAACAGAUUAAUUGGAUUUACAUUAUUUCUUAUGGGGAGAAUUGAUACGGAUAGCGUAUGUUUCGGUUAGACUCAGACCUUUUGGAACAGAAUAGUGAUGCUAAUCAAAGUUGCACUGUAUGAUGGAUGUUAUCAACAGUGUUCCCUUGUUUAUCGUGGGGGAUAGGUUCCCAAAAUAGCUCCAAUCCAUGAAGUAGCCAAGUAUAUUUUUUUACAGUUGUUAUAUACAGUAUGUUUUAAGGCUGUAAAACCCCUCACUAUACACGUUAUACACUUUUCUCAGACAGGCAUGAGCAUUUUUUCACAUUUCUCUCUUGUUUAAACACUCUCAAAGUUCUAAUUUUAUUUGAAUUUUAAUGAUCAACCUACUAAGAAACUUUUUCGUGAUUCAUGCCAAUUUCAUUCCUCUGAUCAUGCCUCUUCACCCUGGCGCCGUCAGGCUGUAGCGUUUUUGAAUUCUUGUUAAAACAUAUUACUCCUGUCGUUGCAUUUUCCUCACCCAGUUAGCUUCUGCAAGUUUUUUUUAAUGAUUACAGUAUUGGCGGUUAGCAGGCAGCUCACAAAGUUAGCUAGUUUGGUAGCCAUGACUACAACAGGAAGGAAGGAGAUUGAUUGGCAAUUGUCUACAGCCAAUCAGGAUGCAGAAGACAAUGGGCGGUGCAGACAGUAGGGAGCGAAUAGAGAGACACCGCUGCCUGUGCUAAAGCACAGAACUACAACACUCAACUUCCCACAAUGCAAUUCUUCUUAAAGGGCAAGGCUCAGCCUGUCACAGCGUGCGUACGCAAAUACAAAAAGCACUAAAAUUGCACAAAAAAAUCAGCAAAACAGCGAGUCCGCAAAAGGUGAAGUGCAAUGGAGCAAGGGAACGCUGUACAUGAAAUACAAAUACAAAUGGAUAACUAAAGAUUUGCUGACACUGAAUUUGAAUGUUAAAGGAAAACUGCAUUUUUUGGGGGGAUUUUACCCAUCAUCCACAAUCCUUAUGUGAGACAUGAACACAUCUUUCUCUUGCCUGUGCGUUCUAAAGAUAUAAAAACAGCUAAAAAGACGCAGCUAAGAAUGCACGUAAUGGGAAACACUUAUUCUGCCCUUAAAGUCUUCUGAAAAAAACUCCAAAAAGCUCCAACAACACUUCAUUUACAAAUGUGACGUGCAUAUUAACCAAGCUACAACGACAUUGUUAUUAUUAUUAUUAACAUUGCUGAUUGAACUAUGUUAUUACUAGCAUGUUGACACCUUGCCAAACCACACUGGCUAGCUACGAGCUGGCUAGCGACUAGCCUCACCACACACUCGCCCGCAGGAUGUCAGCGCCGCGCUCACAAUGUCCACAGGCCACUACCAAAAAGGUAACGCUACAUAUUGGAGCUGCCGCUACUGCUGCUGUCUUUUUGUUGUUGACUUUGGAAAAGUUAACGCUAAGUAAGUGUAGGCGUUGGUUUCUACGUUGCUAUGUGAAAUCAAUGCAUCCAGGAGGGAAGUUGCGGUAAUGCUUAAAAAAUAGUGUAAGUAUUCCAUGUUACCAUGAAUAUACCUGUUACUACAUGGUUACAGCAUGGAUAGAAAACCAUAAAACCUUGUUGGAGGUUUUUGGAGGUUUUAAUAGCAGUCUUUGUAGGCGGCAUGGGUGUGUCCCAUUACAUGCAGUAAUGAUCUGUCUUUUUAUCUGUAUGUACAUCAUUAGAAAGCACAGAAAUAAGAAAGACGUGUUCAUGUCUCACAAGGAUUGUGGAUGAUGGGCAAAAUUCCCCCAAAAUUGUAGUUUUCCUUUACUGUGUAACUUACCUCACCUGCGAGUUCAAGCUGCAUUUUCAAAGUUAAAUAGUGAUGGAUGCGGAGGUUGCAAAAACGAUGGUCCUUGCAUAGUAAAACAAAUGUUGAGGUGGUACGUCCUGUACAUCAGUGGUCCCCAACCUUUUUUUGACCCACAGACCGGCCUGACUACAAAUCGGGGGUCGUACAUUAUAGCAGUCUAAUUUAUCUUAUUCAUUAUGUAGAGAUGAUUACAUCGCUGUUUGACGUGUGUGGUAAAAGAAAGUGCGCUAGCAUGAAUUAACUUGAGACAAAUGUGCACAUUAGCACUCAAUAAGUCAUCAAAACUUACCUUUAUGCAUUCCCACAUAGUAUCAGCAUUUGACACCAAAUAUGAGGUGAAAGAAAAAUGGUAAAAAUACAGUAGUAGUCUAUCUGUGCGGCAUGAGAUAAAGUUAGCACACGCACAAUGGACAAGCGUCAAGUGAGACGGAUGUAACAGAGAGAAUCCGGCCACUUUUCAAAAUAAAACAUCAUGGAAAUUAUUUUUUUUCUUUCUGUGCAGCCCGGUACCAAAUGAGCCACGGCCCGGGGGUUGGGGAUCACUGCUGUUAAAGGCUUGACAACCAUUGCUUUUGGCGGGUUUUUUUCCAUAAAAUUGUGGUUUAACUCCAAAUUUGCUACGUUUGAAUGGUUGGACUUUGGAGGUUCCGCUGUACGUACCUGUAUGCCAUAAGGUAGAAUAUUAAGUGAAUGUUCUAAGCAACCUUUAAUAGUAAUAAUAUAAUGUGGUUACAUUGUAUUGACCUGGACAGAGUUCUAAAAGGCCACACUUCUAAAAGAUUGAUCUCACCGUUUAAGGCCACAUUUUGUACAUUUUUUCAUACUGUAAAUAUCUCCCCAAAACUGACUGAUUGAGCGCAUUUUGAAGUGGGAUCCUCUUAUUUCUAGAUUUAGUUUGACAGUUUAUCGUUCGGAAUUCUAUUUCUGUCUGUUUACUGGUUGAAUUAAGGAUUUGCAUGCUGUCAUUGCAAAAAAAAAUUCUGUUCUAUUAAAGUUUGUCUCUGCUUCCUGUCGGCGGCUUGUCUGUAAAAGGAGAUGUGCGUGCGUGUGUGUGUGUGUGUGUGUGCGUGUGUGUGCGUGUGUGUGUGUUCUGAUGUAAAAUUCUGCAAAUCUUGUCCUGGAGUAAAUAUACUAAAAGGAAGUGAGGCGAGAAUGACACAUUUGGCUAGAAUAAAUACUGUAGCUCUACUGAAACAUCCAUGAAAUGACCCGUGUCUUUUUUUCUUUCUUGUUCUUAACCAGACAGCUUGCGUAAGGCUUAUGAGACAAUGUACACAAGAGAUUCUAAUAAAUAGGUUCUGCUGCAGGACAAGUUUGGACCUGGGCAUCCCAGCAGGUGGUCCUGGCUGCAGAGUCUGCAGGGAUUUCAUCUCCUGCAGAGUUGCAUUGUGAUGUUUUCCCCUCACAAUAGAACACCUCCGCUCCCUCUCUGCAGUCUAGCAACACAGCAGCAUCAUAUUAAAUCACAUUAAACAGCCUCCCACUCACAAAGCCAUGGGGCUAAUUGAGCCUGUAUUUGACGGACGGCGAGGACAAACGUGGCGUGUCAACGGCAGACUAGCGUGGAUCUGAGCUUGUUUUUGAGGCGAUAAAACUCUGUGCUGAACUGAGGGUUGACUGCGGCGUAUGUUAUUGGGUUGCUGAGUGACGUGAUGCAUGCGAUGGACACUGACAGGAGCUCCACUUCCUGCACUGUUGCAUCCUGGAGGAAGGAAAGGAGGGCAUAAAAGUGUUACGGCUCUUUAGUUGAGCUUACACUCAUUUCAGCUGAAACAUUUGCAUUAUUCAUGUGUUGCUGCUUUUUCUAAAGGGGCAGCAUGUGAACAGAGAAGAGGCCGAAGUGCAAUAUGUUUGUUUUUGCUUAAACAUAUGUUCUUAUAUUUGUAGGUACACAUGAACAAUAUAAUGAUAUAUGGACACACAUCUGGAUGAUGAAUGGAUGGAUGGAUGGUUUAAAUGGAUGAUGGACAGAAACAAAAAUGGGUGGGUGGAUGGAUGAACACAGAAGGAUGGAUGAAUGGGCGCGUGAUGGAUGAAUAGAGGGACAAUGGAAAGAUGAUGGAUGAUGGACAGAAGAGUGGCUGGAUAAACAGAUGGAUGUGCUAACAAAAAUGGAUCGAAAGAUAGAUGCAUGGACGGACGGAUGGAUGGAGGAACAAACAGAUGGAUGGAUGGAUGGAUGGAUGGCCAGUUGGAUGGAUGGAUAGAUAGAUGUGUUGAUGGGUGGAAUGAAAGAUGGAUGGAUGCAUGGUUAAGUGGAUGGUGGACAGAAUAGAAGAAUAGAUGGAUGGACAAACAUAGAGGGACCAGUGGGUGGAUGGGUGAUGGAUGGAUAAUGGAUAGAAAGAUAGAUGAUGGGUGUUCAAACAAAUGCAGACAGACAGACAGAUAGAUGGAUGAUGGACACAGAAAUGGAUGGAUAUAUGCAUGAUGAACAGGAAAAAAGAUAGAUGGACAGACAAGUAUUGGACAGAAGGAUGGAUUGAUUGAUAAAUGGAUGCUGGACAGAAGGAUGGAUAGAUGGAUCUAUGGAUGGAUGCAUGGUAAAAUGUACAGACGGAUGGGUGGAGGAAUGAACAGAUGGAUGGAUAGGUGGAUGAUGGAUAGACCGAUAAAUAAAUGUGAGCAGAAAAUGGAUGAAUGGAUGGAUGGACAUAGAGGGGCCAAUGGAUGGUUGAUGGGCAGGUGGAUGAUGGAUGGACAUACGGGACAGAAAAAUAGAUGCAUGGAAGGGAGCAUGAUGGAAAGAUGGAUGUACAAACAAAUGCACUAAGAGCUGAAUGGAUGGGCAGAUGGAUGGAUGGAUGUACAGAAUGUAUGAUGGACAGAAUGAAAGACAAAUAGACAGCUGCCCAUAUGAACAGAAGGAUGGGUUAAUGGAUAAAGGGACAGAUGGAUAGAUUGAUGGACAGAUGGAUUAAUAAAUGAAUGAUGGAAGACAGAAGGAUGUAUGGAUGACUGGGUGGACGGAUAAAUAGAUACAGUAGAUGGACGAGCAUGUUGACAGAUUGGCAAAAGGAUGGAUGGACGCAUGUAUAUGUAGACGGAUGGCUGGAUAAACAGAUGAUGGAAGGACAGACAGAUGGAUGGAUGAGUAGAAGGAUAGUUGUAUAGAUGGAUGGAUGACUGGACACACGUAUUACAGCUGGAUGAUGGACAGAUGGUGGGACAAAAGGAUAGAACAAAAAACAAAAAGCAUGUUGCGCACACACACACACACACACACACACACACACACACACGUAGUGUACCUGUGUGUUGUAGUUGUUGUGAACAAUAAAGUUGAUGAGGAUGGUUGUGAUUAAAGGCAGCCAGAACAAGAGGAAGGUCAGGAUGAUGUAACCUGCUCGUUUAGCCAUCUUGCUUUCCUUCCUCUUGUUGGCUCUCUCCUUGUUGGCCUUGGAUGGCAUCAUGCAAACGGCUCCUUCUAUUCUGGCUGCUUCUGGGCUGUUGUUUGAGUCCGUAGGUGGCAGGGAGGCUUGCUCCACUGCGACCAGUGAUUCGCCACAGACGACAUUGCUGCCCUCAAUCAGGCCGAGAGGAGCUUUGGAUGGAGGAGCUUUGGGCGAAUGCAGCGAGGUGCAGACAUGAAGGCUUGUUGCUUUCACUUCCCAAGGUACUCUGUCAACUGUCAUCCUCUGGCAGGAUUGCUUCUCAGAGCCGCAAUUGCCUGGCAGCUUAUUGGGCUUAGUGAUUGAGCUCUUAACACUGGCCGCCACGUCUCCAUUAGAUGGUUCUGCUCCUGCAGCCUCCACAACACCCAGCUUUAAGCCCUGGGCUUUAACAGCUUUUUGAGGCAGCGGCACCUGGGGAGGAUGAGGUUCUGCUCCUGACUCUGCGGCUUUUAACCCUCCCUUGUUUCCCCGCCUGAUUGAGACAUGCAUUGGAGCGUUUGUUGGCGUGGAAUUUGGCUUGUUUUGGUGCUGGCUUGGCUCUCCAUGUCCUCUCUCCUCAUUAUUCACAACAGGGAAGACGCCUUUGUCAAAUAUUUUACGAUUGUGUGCCCUAACCAGGGCAAAGAUGCGAGCGUAGAACCCGAUGAUGACGCCAAAGCAAGCCGCCCACAGUGGGAACAAAAUGUAAAUCCCAAAGGUGUCGUAAGAAGACGCUUCUCCCUGUGCUGACCCUUUGCACCUCGCAUGCACAGGUGAGUCCUUCACGAAGAUCAAACAAAUGGCAGCCACCAGCGUGGCUAGAGUCCACAUGAGGAGGAUCAAGAACACUAUCCGUUUCUUUCUCUCAGCGGUUUUAAAGGGUUGAGCAAUUGCCUGAUACCUCUCGGCACUGAUGCAAGCCAGUGUCAAGAGCUGGACGCAGCAGCAGAAGGAGAAGGAGGCCACCUGGGCAUCACAGAUCAACCGGUGAGUGCCGCCUCGCCCGUGAGUGUGCAGCACUAUGGUCAAGAGCACGGGACA